CCCCAGGCUGUCUGAAGAGGUGUAUGUUGCUGCUGCAGGCGUGUAAAAGUGUCAACAGCAAACGGAUGGUCUUCUAGCACAGUUCAGGGGCCGACAUUUCCAUUGCUUCAAAAAUUAUCUGUAUGAAUUUUUUUCUUACGUUGCACUGAUUCUACUAAAAAAUAAUUCUGUUAAAGGUAACGUCUCUGAAAAUGUGUGGCUGUAGUUAAUCCUUAAAUAAAACCCCUUAAAUAAAAAACAGGUUCAGACCUCUUGUGCAGGGGUUCCUGAGGAAGGUGUAGUAUGAAUAACAGUUCCAUGUGACUUUAUUGGGAAAGCUUUCUUAUUUAAAAAAAGCCUUUCACUCUAUUACAGUAAUGGUAGAAUCAGCCUGCAACUAAACUUUGUCCAGAGCUUGAAACUAAAUGUCUGGUAAGAGGAAAAUCUACUUGAGAGUUCUUUUGGGGUGAUCUAAUUAAUACAGUGUCUAAUUGUUCUAGUUAAAGGGCUUGACUGUAAUUUUUUUAUAAUUCAAACCUAAUGACUACUUGCUUUAUUUUAACCUGUUUUUUAUGUUUUGUAUCGUACUGAUAGAGACUUUUGGCAUAUGGAAGGAACAAGUCAGUUUAGUUUAUUAAGAAAGCCCUUAAAAUACAAUCUUUUGUAGGAUUUUGCAUGCAGUUCUGACUGCGAUUGCUGUUCAUUGGAGCUUUUUAUCAGUCUUCACUGCUGCACAGCAACUGAAAACUAUUGAUCUGGAAGUUGUCUUGUGCCAAAUGACUGAGCUAGAGUCUGAAGUGAGCAUGCGCAGACACGGCUAGAAUUUCUCUUGCAUUAGAAGGCUGCUUCUGCUUUUGUUCUAAAUAGCUGGUGAAAAUGGCUGAAAAUGGAAAUGGAGAAAACAUGUCUAUCUUGGAAAGCAAAAUCUGUCAGCAAAUUGAGUACUAUUUUGGCAAUCACAAUCUGCCAAGAGACAAGUUUCUAAAGGAACAGAUCAAACUAGAUGAUGGCUGGGUACCUUUAGAAGUAAUGAUCAAAUUCAACAGGUUAAGUCGCCUUUCAAAAGAUUUUGAUGUGAUUGUAGAAGCACUAAGAAAAUCCAAGACUGGUUUAAUGGAAAUAAAUGAUGACAAAACUAAAAUCAGAAGAUCUCCAAAUAAACCCCUUCCUGAAUUAAAUGACCAGUAUAAGGCUGCAAUUAAAAACAGAUCUGUAUACGUUAAAGGCUUUCCAUUAGAUGCAACUCUUGAUGAUAUCAAAGAAUGGCUUGAGGAUAAAGGUCCAGUUGAAAAUAUUCAAAUGAGGAGAACAUUGCAGAGAACGUUUAAGGGCUCAAUAUUUGCAGUUUUUGAUAGUGUUGAAUCUGCUAAGAAGUUCACAGAGAUACCAAAUCAAAAGUACAAAGACACAGAGCUGAUAGUACUUUUCAAGGAGGAGUAUUGUACAAAGAAGAAUGAAGAAAGGAAACAAAACAAAGUAGAAGCGAAAGCAAGAGCUAAACAGGAAAAAGAAGAAAAGCAGAAACAAGCAGCAGAUGCUGAAAUGAAGUCUCUGGAAGAAAAGACAGGAUGUCUUUUGAAGUUUUCUGGUGAUCUAGAUGACCAAACAUGCAGAGAAGACCUCCAUGAUGUGUUUUCUGGUCACGGAGAAAUCAAGUGGAUACACUUUGUUAGAGGUGCAAAGGAGGGAAUUAUCCUAUUUAAGGAUAUUGCCAAAGAAGCUCUGGAAAAAGCCAAAGCAGCACAUAAUGGAAACUUGCAGCUCCGGAACAAGGAUGUUGCAUGGGAAGUGAUAGAAGGAGAUGCAGAGAAAGAAGCUCUGAAAAAAAUCUUGGAAGAUCAGCAGGAGUUGCUGAAACAGAAAACAAAAGGGCGCAAAAUUAAAGGAAAAGGAAGAGGGGGGAAGAUACCUCAGGGUGCACAAAAAGGAAAAAUACAGUUUCAGGGUAAGAAGAUAAAGUUUGAGAAUGACGAAGAAGAUGGUGAAAAUGAGACUAAAACAGAACCAGCAAGUCCCAAGAAGAGACCACUAGAGGAAACAGAAAAGGAAGAACCUGCACCAAAACAACUGAAAACAGAAAAUGGAGAUGGCAAUCAGUAAUACUCAAAAGAAUUAAAAAAAUUGGUGGUUUUAUUUUUCCAUUUUCAAUAGGUUUUAAAGACAUGCCUCACUUCAGGACUUUCUUGUCAGAAAAUCUAAUGAAAUCCACUUCAAUGUCAACCUACAAUUAGAGAAAAGCUUCAUUUUAUUGGGUUACAGCUUUCUUUUUUUGUUUCAGAAGCAUGCUUACUCCUAACAUAAAACCCUGUAAAACUUUUCUAUUUAUAGUUUUGUUUAUACUGUCAAAUCUUCUCAAUUUUGCUGGCAUCUCAUUCAAAUGUAAAAGGUUUUGGACUUUGUAAUCUUGUGGUUAUGUUUAAUAGCAGCUGGCAAUAAAUUCAGAACUUCAAACUGCU